AUGGCAUGUUCAAAAAUAUUUUCAGGAGAUCUACCUGAAUUAACAAAUGAAAUUAUACAAUAUUUUCGGAAUGACUUUUCGGCAUUACAUUCAUGUAUUUUAGUUAAUAGAUUAUGGUGUCGUUUGGCAAUUCCAUUAUUGUGGGAGAAUCCAUUUUCAAAGAAUUUACCUAAAAAUUACCACUUUAUUGAAAUUUACUUACAUAAAAUAAGUGAAAAUGACAAAAUAAAAUUAAAUGAAUAUUGUAUUAGUACUUAUUCAUUAUUUCCUUCAAAUACACUAUUUAAUUAUCCUAGUUUUAUUAAAUGUUUAGAUACAUAUAAUGUAUGCAACUAUAUUGAAUCAUGGGCUGCAAAUAAAAUAGAUUCAAACUUUGUGAGAUUUUUAAAUCUUAUUUUCUUAGCAUUAAUCAAAAUAUUUAUUGAAAAUGAAGUUAAUUUACAUACUUUUGAAUUCGACGAUCGUACUUUAAAUAAAAUAAAUAGUGAUUGCUUUAAUUCUACCAUUCAAUUAAUCCUACAAAAUCCAAAUUUUGUUUGUAAUAUUAAAAACCUAAAAAUUUAUUUACUUUGUUAUAAUUAUUAUGAUAAUGUAACAUCACUUAUAAAAUGUUUAUAUAUUAGUUGCACUUCAAUUUCAUCACUUUAUAUUGAUUCAUUAAGAAAUCCUGUUGAAAAAGAUAUAUCCAAACUGAUCGAUUUACAACAAAAUCUCAAAAAGAUUUUUUUUUAUUUUAAUGGUUACUAUUUAAAUAAUGUAGAAUUUUUUAAUUGUUCAAAUACUUUAAAAACAAUUAUAUUUUCUGCAAAUCGGUUAUCGAGGUUUAAUUUUAAUGAAAUGUUUGAAAAACUAAAUGUUUUAGAAUCUAUUCAUAUUCUUUAUUAUUGUUCUUUAGAUUCUACUUUUAUUCAGCAAGUUAUUAAUCUAACUAAACCAUUUAAAUUGAAAUCUUUGUUUAUAUAUGAUAAUUCUUUAUUACAAAUUGAAUUAUUAAAAUUAUUGUUACAAAAGUCUGGUAAUUACUUAGAAAAUGUUGGAAUUAACUCAAUAGAUAAUAAGUUACAAUUAUAUGAAUUAUUCAAAAUUUAUUGUAACAAUAUCAAAUUUUUAAGUAUAUUUGGUUUGAAAGAAGAUCUAAAUAUUUAUUUAGUAUUGGAUUUAAUUAAAAAUAUUCAACAAAAUCUUAAUUAUCUUCAUUUACAAUUAAUCAUAAAUUCUAAACUUAUAUUAGAAAAUUUAGGACAAAUUCUUCCUUAUAGAUUAGAAUAUUUAAGAUUAGAGCUUAAAUACAAUAUAAAUGAUUUGGAAGUUUUUUUUAAAAAUUCACAAAAUAUUUUUAUUAAGAAAUUAUUAAUCAAAAAUCUGAAAUAUCUAAAUAGUGAAGAAAUGUUAUUACCUUGUAUUAAAAAAUACGUUAUGAAAGAAAAAAGGGUUACAUAUUUAGCUAUCGAUAAUAUUUUGAAUAAUAAGAAUUGUAAAGGUCUGUUUGAUUUAAAAAAUGAAGUAAAAGAAUUUAAAUUUCAUGGUAUUCAAGUUAAAGAUUAUAAUGACUUAUGUAUUAAAGUUGAUGAUUUUAUAAGCCAUAAUCAACAAGACUUUUAUAUAUUUCACGCGGUAGAUCAAUAUUAUUUUUUGACAGUUGUUGGAAUUGCAGCAUUUUGUUGA